AUGGAGGCUUCAUAUGGAUCAAGUUCUUCAACUCGGAGGCGCAAUACUGGAGAGUCCAAUGAUUGGGUAUGUAUUUGUGGAAACAAUCUGAAGAUUUCUACCUCGUGGACAAAUCAAAAUCCAGGGCGAAGGUAUUUGGUAUGCUCCAACGAAAAGGGGCUAAAAAAUUGUUCAUUUUUCGAGUGGUUCGAUCCUCCCAUGUGUUCAAGAUCAAAAAUGAUAAUUCCUGGCUUGCUAAAGAGGAUAAACAAGGAUGAGCAAGAAAUUCAACGUUUGACUGGGCUACUUGAAGAUAAUCGAUCAAAGGGCAAGAAGAACGUGUAUAUAGGGUUGCUAGUAAUGGUUGUAAUGUUAGUUUGUAUUGUAAGUGUGUUUGUUUAUCUUGAAAAAACUAUAGCUCCAAUGAAUACUAGGAUGUUGUCCUAUGAAGUGUAA